CUCGUCCUCCUCAAUCAUCCAUCUUCUCCCCCCAAAUCCAGCGGAGCUUCGCUUCCUCUUCCUCUUCUUCUCCCCUCAACCCAAACCCAAAUCCAAAUCCCCCAACCCACCGGCGGCGAUGGCGCGCGGCGGCCGCUCCGAGAAGGGCGGCGGCGGGUGCGGGCGGUGCUGCCUGGGGUUCCUGCUCAAGCUCCUCGCCUUCCUGCAGGCCUUCGCCGCCCUCUCCGCCGUCCUCUACGCCGCCUCCAUCCUCUCCCGGUGGGCGCGCCACCAUGAGCUCCACAUCCACCACCUCCUCCCAGACCUCUGGUUCGCGUGCGCCGUCAUGGCCGCCGGCCUCCUCUACUGCGCCAUCCUCCUCGCGGGCUACGUCGCCGCCGAGAUCAGCAGCGGCUGCUGCCUCUGCUUCUACACCGGCUUGGCAAUGGUGAUGAUGCUGCUCGAGGCCGCCGUGGCCGGACGCAUCCUCCUCAACGAGCACUGGAUCCAGGAUCUGCCGUAUGACCGCACCGGAGAGCUCCAGAACCUCGUCUCCUUCGUCCAUGACAACCUCGACCUCUGCAAAUGGGCUGCUCUCGCUACCGUUGCCACCCAGGCACUCUCGCUUUUGUUGGCGAUGGUUCUACGAGCCAUGGUUUCACCCACGAGUAGCGACUACGACAGCGAUGAAGAUUUUGUGGUCAUAAGGAGGCCGCUGCUUAUUGCCCAAGGUGCUCCAUCCUAUCUCCCUACCACGGCUGACCCCAGAGGUGUCCAUCCGAACCUAUGGAGCUCAUCAAUGAGGCAGAAGUAUGGACUGAACUCCUCAGGGGACUACACCUACAACACACUGGGUCAAAAUGCAGCGCCACCGCAGUGAGAAGCUUCUGUGUGACAGGUGAUGAGGAAGGAAGGGCAUGCAUGGCCUUGUUGGAAGCACCUGUGCAGCAUAUUUGUAGUAUAUUGUGAUAUUCCAUGGUGUAAUGCACACUACAUACAUUUGUGCACCCAUUCACCCUGUCAAUCUCGACUCAUUGUACAUAGUUCCAUCAUUAGUGAAGAUUAUAUAUGUGUGGCCCUGGUUGGCUAGUUGGAAAGGACUUGUUGUCAACAUUUCGUUGGAUGUUUGUUAAGCUAGCUAGAUAGCAGUUUAUCAAGUGAAAAAAGAUCUUGUAAAGUUAUGUUACUAGCACAGUCUCACUUGUUUGGUGAGAUAGUAUUGUUAUGCCGCCAAGUAUUA